CGAACAGGGGUGUCAGCUCACCGCCCACGCUAACUUUUUUUCUGCCAUACAUUUCGAAGAUUGGUUUCGGGCGUGAUCUCGAAGUCUUGCGCUGUUCAGUAGCUUCACUCAAAGUCCCACCAAAGUAUGGCGCCCAAAGACGACGAUUUCGUUUUUACGAUCGACGACGAUGACGUCGUUUCCGACGAUGGCGGCGCCGAAGACCUCGAGGUCGCAAAACUGGCUGGCAAAGGCCAAAAACGCAAAUACACCGAGGACCCAGAUCUGAACGUGCUGCCAAAGGGAGUAGGUUCCAAGAAGGCCAAGAAAGAGAAAAAGAAGGGCAAGAAAGGGAAGCAGGCGAGCCCAGAACCCGAGGAGGACGAGCCCGAGAUGAUCAAACCUGGGGAGGAUGUCGACGGAAACGACGACAUUGACUCGGACUUCGAAUUUGCGGUCGGCGAUAUUGAUACUGGUGUCGUGGAGGACUUCGAUGGUUGGGGUUUGAGCGCUGAGAAGCAGGAAGCCGCCGCAAGGACUUCGACGGCUGUAGAUGUCGAUGAGAUCAUCGAGAGACGGCGCAACAAGAAGAAGAACGCUUCAAAGAGGAAGGAGGAAGAAGCAAACGAGUCUGACCCAGAAGACGAGGGUGAUUUCACAGGGUUUGGAGACGACGACGAACUCUUGGCAGACGACGCCUUCGGCAUGGGUGCUGGCAGCGACACCGAGUCGGAGGCGGAAGACGAGGAAGACGAGGAAGAGGAUAAUGAAGCCGGCUCUGCCGACGAAGAUGAGGCUGGGGAGUCCGGCGAUGAUUCAGAUGCUGAGUCUGUCGCCUCAGAAGUCGUACACCCAGAAGACGUAGCACAGUCGGAAGACGAAGACAUGAGCGAUAAGGAAGACGCAGAAGAAGCGAAGAAGGCCGCAGCUUUCUUCGCGCCAGAGGAGGACGUCCCGGUCAAGAAGGGCAAGAAGGGCGCGAAGGUCACAGGAUCUUUCCAGUCUAUGUCGUUAUCUCGGCCCAUCUUGCGAGGUCUCGCCGCUAUAGGCUUCACGGAGCCAACACCAAUUCAAGUGAAGACUAUUCCCAUCGCUGUCGCCGGUAGGGAUCUGGUCGGAGGCGCCGAAACUGGUUCCGGUAAAACAGCUGCCUUCCUCAUACCCAUUCUCGAACGUCUCCUCUACAGACCGAAGAAGGUACCCACCACUCGCGUUGCCAUUCUCAUGCCCACUCGUGAGUUGGCUGUUCAGUGUUUCAACGUUGCGACCAAACUGGCCUCCUUUACGGAUAUCACAUUUGCGCAGAUGGUCGGUGGUUUCUCCAUGCGCGACCAGGAAGCUGUCCUGAAGACCAGACCAGAUGUAGUCAUUGCAACACCGGGUCGUUUCAUCGAUCACAUGACAAACUCGGCCUCUUUCCAAGUCGAGCACCUCGAGAUUCUGGUUCUUGAUGAGGCCGAUCGUAUGCUUGAAGAGGGAUUCGAGAGCCAGUUGAACGAGAUUCUCACAACUAUUCCCAAGUCAAGGCAAACAAUGCUGUUCUCCGCUACCAUGACCAGCUCAGUCGACAAGCUCGUGCGCGUUGGUAUGGACAAGCCUGUGCGUUUGAUGGUUGAUGCAAAGAAGCAGACUGUUGCUGGUCUUACUCAGGAAUUCAUUCGUCUGAGGUUAGGCAAGGAGGAUAGGCGUCUUGCGUACCUUAUGUAUCUUUGCGACAAGGUCUACACUGAGCGCGUUAUCAUCUUCUUUAGGCAAAAGAAGGAAGCGCACAGAGUCCGCAUCGUAUUCGCGUUGUGCGGAUUGAAGGCGAGCGAAUUGCACGGUAACAUGAGCCAGGAACAGCGUAUCCAAUCCGUGGAGGCCUUCCGUUCCGGAGCGUCAACUCACCUACUCGCCACCGAUGUCGCGUCUCGUGGUCUCGAUAUCAAGAAUGUCGCAACAGUCAUCAACUAUGAAGCACCGCAGAGUCACGAAAUCUACCUCCAUCGUGUUGGUCGUACCGCUCGUGCUGGACGCAGUGGUCGCGCGUGCACACUUGCUGCUGAGCCUGAUCGUAAGGUCGUGAAGCAAGCAGUCAAGACCAGCCGCGAUCAAGGAGCAAAGGUCGUCAGCCGACAAGUUCCGGCUGAAGAAGCGGACAAGUGGAUCAAGAAGAUCAAAGACCUCGAAGAUGAGAUCGAGGAGGUUCUUAAGGAAGAGAAGGAGGAGCGUGUGCUGAGCAUAACUGAGCGUGACCUCAAGCGCGGCGAGAACAUGAUCAGACAUGAAGACGAGAUUAACUCGAGACCAAAACGCACGUGGUUCGAGACAGAGAAGGAGAAGGCGGCAGAGAGAGAAAAGGGUGCCCAAGCGCUCAACAACGCCACAGGUGGCUCAGUCAAGAAGAAGCAGAAACUCAGUCACAAGGACAAGAAGAAGCUGGAGGCAAAGGACGACCGCAUAGAAGGCAAGCAGUGGAAGAAAGGAAAGGCAGACCGAGGCUUGACUACAGCCAAGUCAAAGGAGAAGAAUGCGCAUAUCAAAGCGAAGACACAGAAGGCAGUACAUGGCAAGAGGAAGCUCUAGGCCAAGCGAGGCGGACGCUAGGUAGCGGCUUGGUAGUAGCAGGGGCAGUAGUCGUACGACGAUCAAUGUACAAAGUUCACAUCUCAUUU